GUCCAACUGUGAUUAAGAGUUACAUCACAUGAAACAGAUGUUUACUCACGGUGGCGGUGCACUUACUCCACACCUGAUGGACCUGGGAUGAAGAGGUUUCUGCUUUGUAGUUGCCGCCAGAGAGCGCUGACUCUGGGAGGACACACUCUGAGACAAGCCAGAUUCUUCAGCCACAGUCCCACAUGGAGGAGCCCACUGAUACCCAUCGUAGUGGAGCAAACGGGCCGAGGAGAGCGAGCGUAUGACAUCUACUCUCGUCUGCUGAGGGAGAGGAUCAUCUGUGUCAUGGGUCCUAUCGACGACUCGGUGGCCAGCCUUGUCAUCGCUCAGCUACUCUUCCUUCAGUCGGAGAGCAACAACAAACCCAUCCACAUGUACAUCAACAGUCCAGGGGGCGUGGUGACUGCAGGCUUGGCCAUCUAUGACACCAUGCAGUACAUCCUCAACCCCAUCUCCACCUGGUGCGUGGGUCAGGCAGCCAGCAUGGGCAGCUUGCUGCUGGCGGCGGGGACAACAGGCAUGAGGCACUCGCUGCCCAACGCUCGCAUCAUGGUGCACCAGCCUUCAGGAGGAGCCCGGGGUCAGGCAACAGACAUCGCCAUCCAGGCCGAGGAGAUCCUCAAGCUGAAGAGGCAGAUCAACAAUCUGUAUACCAAACACACCGGCCAGAAGCUGGAGACCAUUGAGAGUGUGAUGGAGCGGGAUCGCUACAUGAGUCCCAUGGAGGCGCAGGACUUCGGUCUCAUCGACCGCGUCCUCGUCCACCCACCGCACGCGGGCCAGGACGAGCCAGAGCUGGUGCAGAAGGAGCCGCCCGCGGCUGCAAGCUUGUCUCCAGCCACAGAGUCUGCUGCUCCAGAUCUAAGCCUGCCAGGGAAGAGCAGCCCCUCCUCCCUCAAGCCUGAGCCAUGAGGUGCUGCAGCAAGCAUCACUGACUUGAAUGCUCUUCUUUUCCUGCGUGGCGUUGCCAUCCAGCCCCCUACAUGCUGCCCUCCAGGAACAUGGACUGAGAAGAGACUGUGGUCCAGCGGUGGUGGGUUUUUGCCAGUUAUCAGUCGCAACAGAGCAGAGCGUCUACAGCGGAACAGUAAAAUACAUUUUGGGUCAAUACUUACUGAACACUGGUGUCUUUGCAUUCACUGGGACACACGAGUUUAGUUGCUCUGAGUCUCCACCAGAACCUCUCUUCAAACCAUGCUCUAACAGUUCUCCUGAAGCAUCUGGUGAACUGCACAGCCUCAGGAUGGACCACAUAACACUUUCACCAGGUCUGGGGUAUUGAUCUGGACGUUUCUUCACUUUAACAUUUUCUAAUUGAAAUACAUCACAAUCCCACCAGCUGCCACUCAGGAUCAACGUUUCUCCAGAAAACUAACGUUCAGUAAAGGAACAUGAAAAUUACAUGGUUGGAUCACGAGCUGUAUUUGGGCCUCAAAACAACACAGUAAAAUAUAGGCUUGAAAACACAUGUCUUGUAAGUCUUUUUCCCCAAACCACGCUUCUAAUCUGUGUUUUCCAGUCUUAAAUGAUGCGUCACGUCCCUUAUCUAGUGCUUGUGAGGCUUCAUGGCACUGUCCUCAAUUUCAGAGCCCACUAGAUGCCACUCUCUGCUCUGUUUCACAAAGCCCCAUCACUCCCCUGAUGCCACAGCUGAUCACCCGUCACGUAUAUGUCAGUGAGACGGCAGGAGAGUCUCGCUGGGUUUACUGAGGUCAGAGCGGCGUCAUUACAAACCUACUUGUUAU